CAAAUAUAUUUGUUUGUUUGAAUUCUCUCAAACAUACAUUUUACAUCAAAAUACACGUGGUUUAGUUAACCAGUUACAAUAAAACAAGUUAACAAUAAAUAAACGAUUAAGUAUUAAAUAAGUUCAAUUUUAGAAGUAAAUAGUACAUUCUCAAGGUUGUAAAGCAAAACGGUAUUAUUUUGAUCAUGGGUAAAAAGAGGAAACUUGGAACUAAUAAUGAUGAUUUUGAAUUUGAUCCGAUUCCAAGGCAUUUGGUUACAUCGCAUAUCAAAAAGCAAGAGAAACGACUAAUAGUUAUUUUAGAAAAUGCUCAGUUAGAAACAGUAAAGUCUGGAAAUAGCUUUGAGCUCUUAAACUGUGAUGACCAUGCCCAUAUUCUGAGGAAAAAUGAUAGAGAUCCAGGUUCAUGCCGGCCUGAUAUAGCACAUCAGUCAUUACUUAUGUUAAUGGAUUCACCUUUAAAUAGAGCGGGCUUGUUGCAAGUGUAUAUACAUACAGAAAAAAAUGUUUUAAUUGAAAUCAAUCCACAAACAAGAAUACCAAGAACAUUUAAAAGAUUUGCUGGUUUAAUUGUGCAACUUUUACACAAGUUUUCAAUAAGAGCAUCCGAUGGCCCAAUGAAGUUAUUGAAAGUUAUCAAAAACCCUAUUACAUCACAUUUGCCCGUUGGUGCUAAGAAACUAACCAUGUCAUUCAGUUCAAAAUUUGUGAAGAAUUGCCGAGAAUUAGUGCCUAAAGACGAACCUAUUGUAUUAGUAAUUGGUGCUAUGGCUCACGGUAAAGUAGAGGUAGAUUAUUCAGAAGAUGUCAUCUCUAUCAGCAAUUAUCCACUAUCAGCUGCUUUAACUUGUGCAAAGUUGUGUUCGGCCUUUGAAGAAGUUUGGGAAGUUGUUUAAAGACAAAUAUGGUAUUACAUAUAUAAUAAUAAUUAUUAUUAUUAUUAAAAACUUAUUAAAUACAGUCAAA